AUGAUGACAUUUCAAAGCGAUGGGUUCGACAAAUCACAAAAACAAGGGGCCACACAAUGGUGACACGAGAUACUCACAUACCUAGCGAUUUAUUUAUAGCUGACAGCGCGAAAAUCGGUUCCAAAUUGA